AUGAAUGUUGCGGAGCUCCCGCGACAGGCAUCCAGAUGGAUACGAUUCUACCUUUAUUGCGAUAUGGUAAAUGGUCUAAAUAUUCAUUGUCUCACAGGUGUUAUCAAGGUCGACAAGGUGACCAAAGGGUUCUAUGAGACCAUUGAGAUAUACGAGCCCAUCAUGGAAGGACUCGUGAAAUUGAAAGUUACGCAGCAGCGGCCGACGGUCAAAGUAUCAAUUCGAUUGGCACAAACCGAAACCUCUAAUGGACGGCGAAGUGGACAACAGCGGAAAGGGAAUGAAGGUGGGGGUAACAAGAGAGCUGAUGGGACGAGGGAAAGGGGCGAGGGACCAUAUAAACGGGUGGAGGGAUCGAACAUACACCACGAACGGGUAAAUCAAAGAAAAGAAGGGACGAAUAAGGAAGAGCUACGAAAGGAACAGAGCGGUAGCAAGCCUAAGAGGACCCAUAGAAAGAAACCACACGCGGCGAGCGGGGCAAAUGGUCCGAAUGAUCAGAAGGUUGGUGGUGAAUCACGUAGGAAAAUUUCGGGUGACAACACUACGACGGCGGGAACGGGCAGGCCCAGGAAUAAGCCCAGCUCUGCCAAUCGGAACAAACACAAGCCCCCGCGAGACAAUAGCAACCACCAAAAUAAUCCGAGUGGGAGUAAGGCGUCAGGAAGAAAUGCACAUCAAGGGGAUAUGCAAGCGCCAGUGGUGAAUGGGACAGCAGCGGGAAAUGGCUGA